AUCAUAUAGAAUACAAGACGACAAAAAGAAUAAUAAGAUGGUGGAGUUUCGAGGGAGAUUCAAUAGAAUUGAGUCGGCUUUUAACGUAGCGGCGGCGCGUGCACGACCACCGUGUGAUAACAGCAGCGGGAGCGAUCAUUCGCCGGAGGACACGGCGGAUCUUUCGGAUUUGGUCGCAUCUUUUAUUGAACAAGAGGGACAAGUAAUAUUACCGGUGAAGAAUGAUGAUCAGGAGGAAGAAAUGGAUUCUUCGGACAACGGGUACGAUGAUGUGAAGGAGAGGUUACAGAAGCUUCUAGAAGGUUUAUCCGGCGGCGAAGAGCGGUUGAGAAUAUUGGCUGCGGCGCAAGUCGUUGGAAAGUUCGUCGGAGAUAUACUUCAAGAUUGUGCUCCUAAGCGUCGAUAGAUGGCUUUUCUACGUAACAAGGGCUUUGAUGCAGGUCUUUGCAAGUCACGGUGGGAGAGAUUCGGCAAGAACACCGCCGGAAAAUACGAGUACGUCGACGUUAUAUGCGACGGAGGAGACCGUAAUCGUUACAUCGUCGAGACAAACCUGGCCGGAGAGUUUGAGAUAGCCCGACCAACGAAAAGGUACAUCUCGAUACUAAGCCAAGUGCCACGUGUCUUCGUGGGAACUCCGGAGGAGCUAAAACAUCUCGUGAGGAUCAUGUGCCACGAGAUGAGACAGUCGAUGAAGCACGUGGGGAUACACGUGCCACCGUGGAGGAGAAACGGUUACAUGCAAGCUAAGUGGUUUGGUUCCUAUAAACGAACUUGGACGAUUAAUCACGAAAUGGUUAACAAUACUAGUAGUAGCGUGGAUACGACGCCGUUUAAAGGUUGCAAGGAAGAGUUUUGGGAAGCAAAAGGUCUUAAGGUUAUGGUUAGUCAGCUUACGGUUGCUUUUAACGCCAGUGGAGUUGACGUGUAAUGUAGAUUAUAGAAUAAAAUAAGUAUGAAACUUUUUGAAUAUUAGUUAUCCUCCUUAACUGUUCUAGUAUUGUAUUUUUUUCUUUCUCUCGGGUCCUGCCUUUUUCUUUUGUAAAGGUAGACCCAUAUAAGUUGUAAGUAUAAAAAA